GGGCGCAGCGCCGCAAUCACUGCAGGGCUGACGUCUGGAGGUGGCUUUUCUUGGGGUUGCGCGCCGCCAGGAGUUCCCACGGUCCGGCCGCAGACUUCUGCAGUCGAACUCCAAGGCGCAGAAUGAUUUGGGAAGCAGCUGUGUUGCUCAGCUUGGUCCUGGGAGUCGGCGCUGCUCCCCUGGACGACCCUGAGGAUGGAGGCAAGCACUGGGUGGUGAUUGUCGCGGGCUCGAAUGGCUGGUACAAUUACAGACACCAGGCAGAUGCAUGCCACGCCUACCAGAUCGUUCACCGAAACGGUGUCCCUGAUGAGCAGAUCGUUGUGAUGAUGUAUGAUGACAUCGCCAACUCCCAGGACAAUCCAACUCCAGGAAUUGUGAUCAACAGGCCCAAUGGCUCAGACGUGUAUGAGGGGGUUCUAAAGGACUACACCGGCGAGGAUGUCACCCCGCAAAAUUUCCUUGCUGUGUUGAGAGGUGAUGCAGAAGCAGUGAAGGGCAAAGGAUCUGGAAAGGUCUUGAAGAGUGGCCCCCGGGACCACGUGUUCGUUUACUUCACUGAUCACGGAGCUGCUGGAAUACUGGUUUUUCCUAACGAUGAUCUCCACGUAAAGGACCUGAAUGAGACCAUCUAUUACAUGUAUGAACAUAAAAUGUACCAAAAGAUGGUGUUUUAUAUUGAAGCCUGUGAGUCUGGGUCCAUGAUGAGACACCUGCCCCCCAACAUCAAUGUUUAUGCAACGACUGCCGCCAACCCCGAGGAGUCGUCCUACGCCUGUUACUAUGACGAGGAGAGGUCCACGUACCUGGGGGACUGGUACAGCGUCAACUGGAUGGAAGACUCGGACGAGGAGGAUCUGAACAAAGAGAGCCUCCACAAGCAGUACCAGCUGGUAAAAUCCCACACCAACACCAGCCACGUCAUGCAGUAUGGAAACAAGUCCAUCUCUACCAUGAAGUUGAUACAGUUUCAGGGUCUGAAACACAAAGCUAGUUCUCCCAUCUCCCUGCCCCCAGUCAAACACCUUGACCUCACUCCCAGCCCUGAGGUGCCUCUCACCAUCAUGAAAAGGAAACUGAUGAACACCAACGAUCUGCAGGAGUCCAGGCGUCUCGUCGAGGAGAUAGACAGGCAUCUGGAGGCCAGGCACGUUAUUGAGAAGUCAGUGCAAAAGAUUGUCUCCUUGAUCUCGGGGUCGGACGCCGAGGGGGACAGGCUCCUGUCCCAGAGAGCCCCGCUCACAGCGCAUGACUGCUACCAGGCGGCCGUGUCACACUUCCGCACACACUGCUUCAACUGGCACUCUCCUACGUACGAGUAUGCUUUGAGACAUUUGUACGUGCUGGUCAACCUUUGCGAAAACCCUUAUCCGAUUGACAGAAUAAAAUUGUCCAUGAACAAGGUGUGCCUUGGUUACUACUGAAACACUGCGUACUUGGCGCUUUUCCAAAUAUGAACACUGUCCCUUAGAACGUGUACUAAUCAGAGACUGAAGAGGUGGAGCCAGAGGGAAACUCACCUGGCCUGGUGCUGCGGGCCCUCCCGGGGCUGCGGUCAGACCACUCCAGGGCCACACUGCAGGCCUCUCCCCAGACGGCUUGCUCCCCUUUACCUAUGUCCUCAGCUCCUACUGAUCCUGUGUGAUCCUCUGAAAAAAACCCACAGAUCUGGGUGGCUAACGCUCUGUGUUGAGAAAGGCAUAUUGGCUUUUUCAGAGGGUUUUUAAGGAGCAAGAAGUUCACUGGAGCUUCUGUAGCCAGUAAGUCUUUGUUCUGAGGAAUUUGAAGCCGGAACCUCUGAAGUCUUCACAAUGAUUUUAUUGAAGAGGAAUAUAAACUUCAAAUGGGAAACUAUUUUUUAGAAAAUAGUAUAAUUUUUGAUUGCUUUUGUAUUUUAUUUUGCAAUAAUGGACAAGUCUAAAAAAUAAAGAUUUAUAACUGAA